AUGUCGGACGUUGAAGAUUGGGGCCGCGCGGAGGUGACCUCCAAGUGCGUGGGGGCCAUGACCUGCCGGGUCUUGGCGCCGGAGAUCUUCCGGGAGGUGGUUGCGCGCUCAAAGCCGGCCCUGGGGCCGGGGAACUUCUCGGAAGUGGGCAAGGACAUUGCCUCUGCGGAGGAGUACACUGCAGUCCGCCAAGCGAUCUUCAGCUGCCCAUUCAAAGCGAUCCGCUGGAGCAGACAGCCGAGGGUGAGAUUGGAGCAACUGCCACCUCUCUACGAAGGCUUUCCCAAACGGAUUGAAGACAACGUUUAUUUUAUGGGCCACCCGGACGCCAAUACCUUUGCAUGUGCCGGCUUCUUCAUCCGGCACGAGGGUCACAAUAUUUUGAUCGACCCGCCAAUCGCGCAUCCCAAGCUUUUGGAGGCAGUGCAGCAGAUGGGUGGAGUGCAACACUUGUGUUUUACCCAUGUAGAUCACACUGGAAAUGCCACCGCCUGGUAUGAAGCAACGAAGGCAUCUCGACUGAUGCACAAGGACGAUAUGGUCGAGGCAGAAAAUAAGUACACUCCAUUUCCAGUCACCAAAGGCUUCGAGCAUCUUUUGGAGCUCAAAGCAGGGGAAACCACCGCCUUGGAGGGCCUGGCUGAAUUUCAGAUCAUUCACACACCCGGCCACACAGCUGGCAGCAUCAUGUUUUUGUACAAGAAGAAGUUCCUCUUCACGGGGGAUUCAUUGCAUUACUCAGCUGUCAAGGGACAUCUGGUUGCGGCCCGUGUCCAAUGCUGGCAGAGUUGGGAGUUGCAGACUCAAAGCCUCCUGGUCAACAUCUUUCAGGACUUCCAGUGGGUCCUGCCCGGGCACGGCGAUUGGCGGCGCUUCGAGAGUCCCGGCGCCGCCCGCGCCAGCCUGGACCGCUGCGUCUGGUGGAUGAAGCGGCAGGGCAGAGGCCGGACCUGGCUGCCGUGGCUCG